CGCCCCGCCUCGAGCGGGGCCGGGACUGGGGGUGGGACGGGCAGGGCAGGGCUGGGCAGGCAGGAAGGACGGACGGAUAUACGGACAGACAGACUGACAAACAGACAGACAGACAGCGGCCGGUCCCGCUGCUGACAGGUCCUAGACCAGAUUUCGUGCUGAGGUGCCGGAGCUGUCUGCUCUGCCUGGCAGGUACGCAGGGGGCUGCACUUCCAGUACUGGAAGCCUCCCAGACCUCUAUUUUUCAGGCUGUGUAUGUCAAAAAAAUGACCUAAAUGUCCUUUGUUUUUUCGUUUUAGGAACAUGUCAGACGGCUUCUCCCUCGCCGACGCCUUGUCCACCUGCAACAACCCCAACCCCAGCGCCCCCGCGCCCCAAGGCUGGCCCUCCCCUGCCUGGGGGAACCAGCCGGCGCCUGGGGCCUUCCCGCCGUACCCCGGAGCACCGGGCACCUACCCCGGGUCACCAGCGGUGCCGGGGCCGUAUCCUGGAGCUCCAGGGCCGUAUCCUGGAGCUCCAGGGCCAUAUCCUGGAGCACCAGGGUCCUAUCCUGGAGCACUGGGGCCAUAUCCUGGAGCGCCGGGAUCGUACCCUGGAGCACCAGGGCCGAAUCCUGGAGCGCCAAGAUCGUAUCCUGGAGCACCGGGGCCGAAUCCCAUAGGAGCACCAGGAAUGGGACCGUAUCCGGGAGCACCGGCGGGACCAGGGAUGGCUCCUCCAAUGAAAAUCCCCUUCGAGCUGCCCCUGCCUGCAGGCCUCAUGCCUCGGCUGCUCAUAACCAUCACGGGGACAGUGAACCCAAACCCCGACAGAUUUUCACUGGAUUUCAAGAGGGGGCAAGAUGUUGCCUUCCACUUUAAUCCCCGUUUCAAGGAAGAUAACAGAAGAGUCAUCGUCUGUAAUUCAAAGUUCCAGAAUAACUGGGGAAAGGAGGAUAGAUCAGCUCCUAGAUUUCCCUUUGAGCCUGGAAUGCCCUUCAAGCUCCAGAUUCUCUGCGAGGUGGAUCACUUCAAGGUAGCAGUCAAUGACGCUCACUUGCUGCAGUACAACUUCCGUGAGAAGAGGUUGAAUGAGGUCACCCAACUGUGCAUUAACGGGGACAUCACUCUCACCAGCGUUUUGACUACCAUGAUAUAAUUAAGAGGUUGUAAUUUUAUCACAAACUUAGUGCUCAUAAUAAGGUUGUAAGAGGUUGUAAGGUUGGUGUUGUACAUGAAUAUUUUGAGGCAAUAAAAUACUUUCACAAGUAAA